UGUUGGAGUGGAAUGUGACAGAGGUGUGGAGCUUUUACCUCCUAGCAGGGUGUGGAAGAGCUAGAGGUCCAGGAAGGGAGUAACCCCUCUCACCUGGUUGGAGGGUGUGUGAUCGGGGGUUAAAGGAGGGAUCAAGUCACAUUCGGUCAGUGGCUUUGCUUGCUAUUUCUCCGUAUCACACACUUGCUUUUCUGGGUUUAUGGGCAUUUCAGUCAAUAUUUGACCAGGACAGGCUAUACGACACGGAAGACGCAAAACAACACGAGAAACACUUUUUUUUUUGUUACACCAGCAUUCGUAGAGGACUUUGGAUAAAGAAAAUCUUCACCAAACUCCUAGGUCACACAUGCCGAAAAGGAUUUGGGUCUUUUUUUUUUUUUUUUUAAGUAAUUCUUGGAUUUCUGAACUUGGACUAGUGGGAGCAGGAACAGUUGUAGGGAGGAGAUGGGGAGAUGGACCUUACGUCUCUCAGUGGGCCUUUGGCUUCUGCUCAUCCUGUUGACCCGCUCUUAUACCGAAGCGAACUACUGCUUCGCUUCCAGGUCCAAAACCUGCUCAGAAUGCCUGCAGGCGGGGAAAGGCUGUGCAUACUGUCCUGAUGAGACCUUUAACGGCCCUCGCUGUGACCUGUAUGAAAACAUUCUGGCCCACGGCUGCAGUGCUGCUGCAGUGAUCACCGCCCAAAGCAGUAUGUCCAUUGAUAGAAAACAACAGAUCAAUGUCCAAAUGCAACAGUCGCAGGUGUCCCCGCAAGAGAUGACGAUGUCUUUUCUACCCGGGGAAGAGAAGAUGGUGGAUGUGGAGGUGUUUGCUCCAACCAAAGGUCCUCUAGAUUUGUACAUUCUUAUGGACUUCUCCAAUUCUAUGGAAGACGACUUGGACAACUUGAAGAGAAUGGGCAAGGAGCUGGCUACGCUGGCGGCGAAGCUGUCAGAUGACUACACCAUCGGAUUUGGAAAGUUUGUGGACAAAGUGAUUGAGCCCCAAACUGACAUGAGACCCACUAAACUCGCUCAACCGUGGCCCAACAGUGACCCUCCAUUCUCUUUUCAAAAUGUCAUCAAGCUGACCAACAACUUGGACUUCUUUAACAGCGAGCUUCAGAAGGAAAGGAUCUCUGGUAACCUGGAUGCUCCAGAAGGAGGCUUUGAUGCCAUACUCCAAGCUGCCGUCUGCGGGGAUGAGAUUGGUUGGAGACAACAGAGUACACAUCUGCUGGUUUUCUCCACUGAAUCCGCUUUCCACUACGAGGCCGACGGCGCCAACGUGCUGUCGGGCAUCCUGCCACGCAACGACGAGCAGUGCCACCUGGAUGCGAAUGGCAAAUACACCGAGGAUAUCAAGCAAGAUUACCCCUCCAUACCCACGCUGGUCCGUCUGCUCGGCAAAAAUAACAUCAUUCCCGUAUUCGCCGUUACCAACUAUUCCUACUCGUACUACAAGAAACUCCAAGAGUACUUCCCGAUCGCUGAGGUGGGCCUGCUGCAGGAAGACUCAUCCAACAUCCUUCAAGUCAUGGAAAUUGCCUUUGAUAACAUCCGUUCCAAAAUGAGCAUUCGUGCAGAGGACAGACCCAAAGCCUUUGAGGCUCAGUUCUUGUCCACUGAUGAAGCUGUCGCAGAAUACGGAAAGUUUGAUUUCAAGCCUGGCGCAAUUGGCAAAUUCAAGAUGCGACUCAAAGCCCAGAGACUGGUGGAUGAGUCUCCGGUCUGUCAGAUGGAUGUGGAUGAAAAAGAGGGCACGAUGAGAGUCAAACCUACCACCUUCAACUCUGCCGUGAAUGUUAAAGCCAGCGUUCUGUGCCCCAAAUGUGACUGUGAGAAGACUGCCCUCCGUAAGGCACCCAGAUGCCAUGGCAACGGAGACCUCGUGUGUGGGAAGUGUCAGUGCUAUGACGGCUGGUUGAGUACAUUCUGUAACUGUUCAGCGAGCGUUUCAGCUCUUGACACCAGCCAGUGUAUCGGUCCCGGCUCGACCGAACCUUGUUCUGGCCGUGGGGACUGCCUGGAGUGUGGAACCUGUGUGUGCUACAACCCCGAUCAGUUUGAAGGCCCCUACUGCCAAUAUGACCGAACCCAGUGUCAGCGAUUCGGAGGCUUUCUCUGCAAUGAACGUGGAUCCUGCAUUAUGGGCCGCUGUGUCUGCUCUGAUGGUUGGGAGGGAAAUGCCUGUGAAUGUCCCAAGAGCAACCAGACCUGUUUGGACAGUAAGGGGGGAGUGUGCAAUGGACGCGGCAAAUGUGAAUGUGGUCGAUGCAAGUGUCCAGCAUCUGGUCUAGAAAUGACUUCCACCUGUGAGCCCAAUUUCCAGGCCCAGCUCGGCGUGUGUGAGGGUACAAGGAGUUGCGUUCAGUGCCAAGCUUGGAAGACAGGAGAGAAGAAGGACAAAGAGGAGUGUGACAAGUGUCCUUUCCGAGUCGUCAUGGUGGAUGAACUGAAAGAAGAGGAAAAGGUGCUCGAAAAGUGUAGUUUCCGUGACGAGGAUGACGACUGCACGUACCACUACACUGUGGAAUACGCCAAAGCUUCGGUGGUCAAAGACUUGGAGGUCCAGGUUCUCAAGAAGAAAGAUUGUCCUCCUGCCAGCCUCCUCUGGCUGCUCCCUCUCAUCCUGUUCCUCCUGCUCCUGCUGGCACUGCUGCUGCUCUGCUGCUGGAAAUAUUGCGCCUGCUGCAAAACCUGCUGCCAGAGCUGUCUCGCCCUGCUGCCUUGCUGUAGGAAAGGUCGUAUGGUUGGAUUCAAGGAGGAUGAGUAUCUCCUCCGCCACUCCCUGCUCACCUCAGACCACUUGGACACGCCGAUGGUGAGAACGGGCCCCCUCAAAGGCACAGAUGUGGUUCGCUGGAAGGUUACGGAUAAUGUGCACCGAAGUCCCAACCAUCCUCAGGCUCUCAUCAAGCCCAACCCUAAAGAAAUCAUUCAGUAUCCAAUCUCCCUGCGGCUUAACAGGCGGUUUUCAGAGAACUUGUCUCGCCCUGACUCCAGAGAUGCUGAACAACUUUCCAAAGAAGUAGCAGACAAUCUUAAUGAGGUCUACAAGCAAAUUCCUGGGGCCCAGAAGAUGCAGAAGACCUCAUUUAGAACACAGAGAAAUGCUGGGAAAAGGCAGGACUACACCAUCAUGGACACCAUCCUGUCUGCUCCACGCAGCAGCUACCCUGAUAUCGUCAAGCUGACUGAAAGAAAUGUCCAGUCAGGACGCUUCAACGACCUGAAAGUCUUACCCGGCUACUACACGGUAGCCACAGACAGAGAGGCUGCAGGCGCUAUCGAGUUCCAAGAAGGCGUGGAGUCAGUGGAUGUUCAUGUGCCACUCUUUACUAAGGAUGAGGAUGAUGACAAGAAGCAGCUGCUGGUGGAGGCCACGGACGUACCGCUGGGCAUUGCCGGCAUUGGGAAACGCUUGGUGAACAUCACCAUCAUCAAGGAGCAUGCCACCAGCGUGUUCUCUUUCCUCCAGCCGGCGUACACCUACAGUAGACAGGACGGGGUGGCCAACAUUCCCAUCAGUAGGGAGAUCAUUGAGGACGGACGCACGCAAGUCUCCUAUCGUACUCGAGAUCUUACAGCUAAGGAUAAAAAGGACUAUGUGACCGUGGAUGGUGACCUCACUUAUGGUCUUGGUGAGACCCAGAAGACCGUCCCUGUUCGUCUGCUGGAGCUGGGCGAGAAAGAUGCGCUCUUGGAUGACAAACAGGUCAAACAGUUUGUCAUGGACCUCAGUAACCCGCGUCAGGGGGCCAAGCUCGGACGCUACCCGAGAACUACUGUCACUAUCGCCGACAUACCAGAACCCAGUGUGAUGAUGUUCAAGAGGGGCACCCAGAAUUUCACUACAUCCGAUCCAACCUACACCAUCCCUGUGCUCCGCACUCGCAACCCAGACAGCCUGGCCACAGUGAAGUGGCGCACCAAGAAAGCCCAACGCUUUGAUCUUUCUGGCCCCCUCAAGUUCAGCCCCGGAGAAACAGAGAAGAAUAUAGUGAUCGACCCAAGAUCGCACCCUGGUCUGGUUCAACCAGAGACCUUCCAACUGGAGCUCUUUGACCCAAGCAGCAACAGCACUAUCGGAGAGAGGAAGACCACAAUAGUGAAUGUCGUAGAAGGAGGUCCGAGGUCCCCCGAGAUGUCCCAAAUGCAGCAGAAAGGCUUUUUAACUCCUAAAAAUACCUCACCUGGGGGUCGCCUUCUUGCUCCACCUAACCCUAAGGCCAGAGCGACCGGACCCAGAAGCAUCCGUCUCAACUGGGACCCACCACCGGGUAACCCCAUGGGGUACAAGGUGAAGUAUUGGAUCUACGGUGACCCAGAGAAAGAUGCCCAGGUCAUUGAUGUGAAGUCUCCUCAAGCGGACUUGACCAACCUGUAUCCCUACUGUGACUAUGAGAUGCGAGUGUCCGCCUACAAUGCAAUGGGAGAUGGCAACGAUACAGACAUUGUUGCCUGUCAGACUUUGGAGGAUGUACCGGGAGAACCAGGUCGUCUGGCCUUCAAUGUCAUCAGCCCGACUGUAACUCAGCUGAGUUGGGCUGAGCCUGCAGAGACAAAUGGUAACAUCACGGCUUAUGAAGUCAUCUACACGCCCAUCGAUGAUGAGCUGAAACAAGUGGGCGCUGCUAAGAAGGUGAAGAUUGACAACCCGAAGAAGCGAAUGCUCCUGAUUGAGAAUCUUGUCAAUGCCCAGACCUAUCAGUACAAAGUCCGUGCCAAGAACAGUGUUGGCUGGGGACCCUUCAGAGACGCUACCAUUAACUUGGCAUCACAACCUGUCAGACCUUUGUCCAUUCCCAUUAUUCCAGACAUCCCUAUUGUGGAUGCAGAAGCGGGAGACGAAUAUGACAGCUAUUUGAUGUACAGCAACGAGGUGCUGAAGUCUCCUGCAGGCUCCAAGACACCCAGCGUCUCUGGUGAAGGCUGGAAAUAUGUCAAGAUGGUGGGGUCCAACCUGGAUCUCCGAAAGGUGUCAUGGAAAAAGCGAGUGGACGUCAUCCCCAACAGUCGGCACAGCACAGACACAGAGGCGAGCACAGAUGAGGUCCCACUCCCACGCUUCACUCAGACAGCCGUGCCAGAUUAUAUGAUGAAUGGAAAGUGGGAUACAAACUUCCUUUUCCCAGGCGGUUCUGCCACACGCAACUUGUCAACAUCAUCCUCCCCGAUGUCCACUGUGAGCUCCAACUACCGAGGCGGCUCCUUCACCACAGAAACCACCACCACCUACAUGUCUGGAGCAGGAAGCCCUCGCCGACCUGAUAUGAUCGGUGGAAUGGGUGGUCUGCACACAUCAGACGUCACCAUGAGGAAGCACUCGGAGAACAGGGGUUACACAGAUGAAAACAUCCGCGACUCUAUUGUCAUGGGAGAUGGUUCCAGCAAGUUCCCAGAUCUAGGUGUUUUCGGCUUCACUGGGUCGCAGAGCACCUCACAGAACCAGUUCAACUACAGCAUAUCCCAAGGUCCGAGGGCCAGGACCCAGUCUUCGGAGGUCAGCCAAGCUCUGUAUGAUCUGGACAGGGUUCUCCACGAUGCAAGACUCUCCCCUGGAGUCCCCGACACCCCCAGCAGACUUGUUUUUUCUGCUCUGGGUCCCACUGCUUUGAAGGUCAGCUGGCAGGAACCGCACUGUGAGAAGGACAUCCUUGGCUACUGUGUGCUCUACCAGCAGCUCAAUGGAGGCGAUGUGAAGCGCAUCAACGUGUCCAACCCGGCAGAGAACUCCGUAAUCAUACAGGACUUGCUGCCCAAUCACUCGUACCUAUUUAAGGUAAAGGCUCAAAGCCAGGAGGGCUGGGGUCCGGAGAGAGAGGGCGUCAUCACCAUCGAGUCGGCCGUCGAUCCCAAGAGUCCCCUCAGUCCCAUGCCAGGCUCGCCGUUCACCUUGAGCACACCAAGUGCUCCUGGUCCCCUCGUCUUCACAGCACUCAGCCCGGAUUCCCUGCAGCUUAGCUGGGAGAAACCCCGGAAACCAAAUGGAGGAAUUCUGGGCUAUGUAGUCACUUGUGAGCAGCUGCAUGGAGGAGGCGACAUGCGUUCCUUCCAAGUGAGCGGUGACAGCGCUGAGACCAGGCUGACCGUCCCGAACCUGAAGGAGAACAUCCCCUACAAGUUCAAAGUUCAGGCUCGAACGACUCAAGGCUUCGGCCCCGAGAGGGAAGGCAUCAUCACCAUAGAGUCCCAGGAUGGAGGAGCUUUGUCCCAGUACAACAAUCAAUCCAUGACUAGAAGGGAGAUGUUCCACAUGCCCACCGAAAUCAACACAGUCAGCAACAUCUCCCGCACCAUGGUCAACGACCCCUUCUUCUCAGACGGAAUGUCGAUGACCACGCACACGGAGACCAGCGGCAUGAUGACGCGCCAAAUCACCAAGGAAGUGGUCCAGAGGAGUGUCAUCGGAGGAAGCUCCGUCACAAAGAAGAUGUUUUAUGAGUCCUAAGACGUACACUUCCAUUUUAAUGUCACCUUUAUUCACACUCUCGCUCUCUAGGAGCCUGAGAGCUCACGUAUGAGAUGACGGUACCAAAAACAAAACAGUUUAUAGUUGUCUGUUACAAACAUUGUCCACAAUAACCGACACACACACUUAGUGUAUUUAAACCAGGCGGGUAAUCCCACUCUUCCCUAAUCCAAAAUGACACGACGCCCUUGCCACACUAAUCUUGUAAAUCUCUUCUGUCUGUGUGUAAUAUUACAAUUUCAUAAGUAACACAAACAUGCAUGCCAAAUAUAGAUACCUUUUAUUAAUUGUUGUGAUUCAACAACUAGUUCUCGGUUUUACAUUUCCUAAGAUGCUUGUUAUGUUAAGUGUGUGUUAUAUGCAGUACUACGAUGGACGUAUACUAUUUUUUGUACUAAUGGAUUAUAAGCUGUACGUUUGCAGGAAUAGCAUAUGACAAAAAGGAUUGUAUGUGCUUCAAUGCACAAAUAUAGUCAAGUUUUUCCGCAUUUUAACGCCAUUCAGGUUCAUCUCAGUAGGUUAGGAUAUCUUUGAAAAGUUCCUUUGUUUCAGUAGUUCAAUUUAAAAAGUGAAACAUUCAGAUAUGAAAUUUAAAUUUGUAUGAUGCAUUUAAAUAUUUGUAUAUUCCAUUAAAAUAUUUCAAGAAUAUUUAAUAAUUUUGCAAAUAAUAAUUAGUUUGUGCUCUCCUAAUCAGUAAAUGAACUGCAAACUUUUUUAUUUAAAAACACCGGGCUGUCAUAUGAUCAAAUUAAAUGUGAUUAAUCACCAUUAGCAUGCUAACAUUAGCAUAGUAGACAUUUUUGCCGUUUUUAUACAGAAACAGUGUUAUCAUGCUAAGUGGUAGCAUGCUAACAUUAGCAUGUUGUCAUUGCUAGUAUGCUAACAUUAACAUAUUAGGAUUUGUAGUAUUUUCAUUAGUUUAACAUAGGCAGAAACUUAUCAUGAUAGGUUCAGCAUGCUAAUGUUACCAUUGCUAACAUGCUAACAUUAGCAUAGUAGCAUUUUGGCUGUUUUCAUGAUUAGAAACCUAUACAGUGUAAGCACUGAAUGCUAUCAUGGCUGGUGUUGGCAUGCUAACAUUAGCAUGUUGGCAUUGCUAGUAUGCUAACAUUAACAUAUUAGGAUUUGUAGUCAUUUUCAUUAGUUUAACAUAGGCAGAAACUUAUUAUGAUAGGUUCAGCAUGCUAAUGUUACCAUUGCUAAAAUGCUAACAUUAGCAUAGUAGCAUUUUGGCUGUUUUCAUGAUUAGAAACCUAUACAGUAUAAGCACUGAAUGCUAUCAUGCCUGGUGUUAGCAUGCUAAUAUUAGAAAAGUAGCAUUUUUUAAUUUUAUUUAAAAAAAAAAAAGUGUUAACACUUGCACACUGGGUGUUGCAUGUAAUUGGCAUUAACACAACAGCCCUAAUAAAAAACCUUUCAAUUUAUCUGUUUUGUCUGAAUUGAACUCCUGAAGUCAAAUAACUUUUGCAUGGUAUUGAAAUGUAUGUACCUGUAUUUUAAUUUUAUGAAAGAAAAACAUGCAAUAUUGGGCCUAACGUGGUUAAAAGGAUAUAUUUUUUAAAAGAAUUAAUGUGUGCCUUUCAAGCAGAUGCGCUUACCUUUGUAUUUUCUCGACAUCAAAUCUAUUGCACUUAAUAAAGAUUUGAAAACAA